AUGGCGUCAGCUAUCGAAGACGAAUUCGUGACUUGCAGUAUUUGCAUGAGUGAAUACAAUGAAGAUUCCAGGAAGCCAAAAGUCUUACCUUGUUCUCACACUGUUUGCCUUACUUGCCUCCAGGGGAUAUUUCGCAACAAUGCCAUUGCAUGCCCCUACUGUCGCCAAAGUUCAAAAGUUGGUGGCCAUUUAGAUGUUCGAAAACUUCCUAUUAACUCUCAUGCUCUUCACAUCCUGAAGUUGAAUCAACAAAUAGUUGAAUUAACUACAUUGGAAGAUACAUGUGAUAAAUAUUGGUGCUUCACUUGCGGUUUCAUGGCAAAAACUGAUUGUGCCACCUCCAAACAUUCCACCCUGUAUCUGUCGGCAGACACAGUCAAUAAUUUAGAUGCCUUUGUUGAACUCAGAGAAGAAUUCCAUGCAAAGAAAACAAAGGAAAAGAUCAAUUUGACUGUAGGACUUGAAAUGAGAAAAUACAUUCAAAGUUACCUGAAUGAGCUGUCACAAUCUGUGGAGGCUGCCAAGAAACAAAUUGAAGAGCUCCAGAAUGAAAAUAACCUUUGCAUGGAUGAAAUCGUUUCCAAAUUGGAUGGCCUUCUUCAAAUAAGCGAAAAAGAUCCACAGAACAAAACUACAGAACUCUUCCUCGCUGAAGUAGCUUCAUGUUUGGAUGAUUCAACGCCAGAAGAAAUGGUAGACAAGCUGAAAGUCGAGUUAGACAAGUCUUUGGAGACGUGCCAGCAAAGUCUCAAAGAGACGGCGUCUCUCUCGUGUCAAUAUGAACAAUGGAUGAAAAAGAAAAUAGCCAUCAAGAUCUUUGAUUUGGAUGGGCGCCAAAAUACGAUUUGUCCUCUUCUCGAUCAAGGUUUCCAGUUGCUGACCGGAAACGGUUCAGAUGGUAUCUCCAAAAUUAACGAUCCGCUUAUUGACUUCCUUCAAGGAUAA